UGCACCGAAUUUGACACAACACUCAAAAUAUAUAUUGUGAAAGUUUUUAGUGAAUAAUAUUUACUACAUUGUUUUUAGAUUGAUUAUUUCAAUUACUUGUGAGGUAUAAUGGAAUCCGGAAAUUCAUCUGAAAAAUCAUUUAAAGAAAAACAAGCUGAAAGACUGAAACGCCUUAAAAAUCUACAUAAACUUAGACAACAGGCUCGAACACACAAUCACCAAGAAGUUGUGGCAGAAGAUGCAAGAAACAAGUUGCCGAACAAUUGGGAGAGUAGCAAAAAGCGAGCUGAAUGGAUACUGAAUGAUGAAAAAGCCAGAGAAGAAGCGAAAGAACGUGGUGAGGAUUAUGAUAGAACAAAAUUACUUCAAGUAACUGCUCUGGAAGCUGAAAGACUAGAACGCAAAAAAAAGAAGAAAAACCCAGAUCAAGGUUUCUCUGAUUUUGAGUCGGCAACCGUAAGACAAUAUCAGCGGUUGGUGAAAAAUUUACCACCCAAAGACAUGGAACGUUACGAAGAACAAAAAGAAAAAUAUGGUGAUGCUUUCUAUGCUGGCCCUAAUACCAUAAUACAAGGUUUGCAAGAAGAUAGACCAGAAGCUAUAGACAAUAUGGUAAAGGAUUUAGAAAAACAGAUAAAUAAAAGGAACAAAUACUCCAGAAAGAGGAAACAUAAUGAAGAUGCUGAUAUUGAUUAUAUUAACGAAAAGAAUGCCAAGUUUAAUUCGAAAUUGGAAAGAUUCUAUGGAGAGCACACUGCGGAAAUUAAGCAGAAUUUAGAAAGAGGCACAGCUGUUUGAAUGAAUUAUUUUAGGUUGUGGCCUGUUGAGAAUCAACAUAAGUUCAGCAUCAUGAAUACUGUAUGAUCAUCUUGUUAUAAGAAAUGUAAAUAAAUAAUGUAAAUAUUUUUGAAUUGAAGACAAUUCAAUGAAUUUACCAAGUAAUGACAUUAUUAGAUUAUCAAUUUUAAAUAUUUUUGAUUCUACAAAAUACAAAGUUUCAUUAAACAAUUAAAAGGACAGAUUUUGUAUCAAUAAAAUGUUUAGAGUAUUAA